AUGGACGAGGACAGAGGAGAAAGGCGUAGAGGUGGAGAUAGAGGGGGAAGAGCAGGAAGUGGAGGAGACAGAAGGGUAGCAGAUGAUAGAGGAGGUGGGGAAGGAGGAGGCGGCGGAGGAGAACGACGGCGAGGAGGAGCACGAGGAGGAGGUCGUUAUGACGAUCAGGGUAAAGUUCCGCGUCCGUGGAAAACAUGCCUAGGCUUUAAGAAACUUACCGACUUACAACAUAAGGAGCCUUCUGAUAUUCUUAUAUCAAUAGCUCACUCCGAUAGUGGACUCCAGGAGGGAUUGAAUGACGCUACACUCAGCAGGGACUUUGUCACCCUGUUUCUAAGGUGUAUAGCGAAGGCCUGUCAGUGUCAAUCCGCUCCGGCAAAAAUCAUACAGCUUCUGACUCUGGUACACAAUUCUACUUUCAUCGAUACCACACUUCCAGCUUUCAUUGUAAGAAUGAAGUCGGAACAAUCUCCUAACAGACAACGAAAAUUCAAAGAACCUCUUCACGACUCCAUAUGCAUCAUUUCAGAGAUCGCCCGUCGGAGUCCUAGCUCAAUAACAUCUGUCUUUGGUGUAAUUGGGAUUCUGGAUACGGUUUUAAAAAUACUUCGAGCGACGACCGAAAUCAUAGACGAUGAUUUGUUAAAGGCUUUUGAUGAUUGUUGCACGCUGAAAGACCAAAUGCUUGAGGAAGUGCAGAAAAGAUCAAGAAGGAAAGAAGGAACCGCUGUGAGACAUGAUGAGGACGAACCUCCAGAUAACUUUCGGGAGAUGUCCGUGUUCCCUGAAAAAUCUGAUAUUCAGAUGGAAGAAGGUCCGUUUCUGCGUAGGAACAUCAGAGAAGGAGCUUUCAAAGACCUUGCCCACUACCUCGACGUCCAGUUCAGACUGCUGCGGGAGGACUUUGUGGGACCUCUACGGGAGGGAAUCCAUGGUUAUAUAACAGCAGUACAGACUGGAAAAUCAAAACGUUCAAACGAAAUGCGUGUUUAUCAUGACGUCAAGGUGAUAUGCCCGAUCGGAACAAAUAAUGGGCUUUGUCAUCGAAUCUGUUUUGACGUCAGCAGAAUGCAGUAUGUGAACUGGGAGUCGAGUAAGCGUCUCAUUUUCGGUUCUUUGGUUUGUCUCUCGAAUGAUAACUUUAAAACUCUACUGUUCGCCACCGUCGCCGAGCGAGACGCCAAAAAUCUCGAAGAAGGAAUUUUGGACAUAAAGUUUGAAGGCUUGAUUAAGAGAAAUUUCAAUCUGGAUUUCAACAAGAAAUAUGUCAUGGCAGAAACGGUGGCAUAUUUUGAAGCUUAUCGGCACGUCUUGAAAGGCCUUCAAAACAUCAAUGAAGGCGAUCUUCCAUUUGAAAAGUACAUAAUUAAAUGCAACACUAAGAUGCAAGCUCCCCUUUACCUGAGACAAAACCAAGAUGCAAAACUUGACUUGCGACCGCUUGUAGAUGAACAUUUCAUAGUAAGAAGUGUUAGGCAACAGGCACUUCAACCUCUGAAUAAAGAAUUCAGUGACAAGGCGGCCGUCGCGAGGUCGGUAGAACCUAAGGGUGUGUGGCCUAACUCGGAGCUGUUACAUCUUGAUGAAUCUCAGUUUCGUGCGGUUAAGCGAGCACUUACCAGUGAGUUUGUCCUCACCCAGGGUCCUCCAGGAACAGGCAAAACCUAUAUCGGACUUAAGAUAGUGAAAGCUCUCCUCCACAACCACGCCCUCUGGAACACCGAUCAAGAAACACAAGAGCCAGACUGCAGGCCGAUGCUUGUAGUCUGCUAUACUAACCAUGCCCUCGAUCAGUUCAUCGAAGGCAUAAGCUCUUUUUUCAAAGGAUCCAUACUAAGAGUCGGUGGAAGGAGUUCAAGUGAAGCAAUGAAACGGUUUAGCUUGAACAAUAUGCGCUCCCGAAUGCGGGAAAAACGAGAGGUACCAGAGGAAAUACAUCGUGGAAGAAGGAACGCAAGGAACCAAAUAAAAGACCUCCAAGACGCAAUAAACCGUAUCUCGGGUUCCUUAGAAAUUGCUAACCGAGAGCUUUUAAACGAAGAUGUGCUAGAAUCGUUCAUGGGGAGAUUUUACGCAGAUAUCGUUGAUACAGAACACAUGUUCAACUAUUUCGACAAAAGGUUUUCAACUCGACAAAGAAAGAAACACGCUGCUAUAUUGGUCUGGCUAGGUAUCGAUACACUUGUAGUUGACAAGAAUGAGCAAAACGCUGAUUUGAGGGGUGGAGGGGGCCAAGAUGCUUUUGUUGCUGCUGCAGCGGCAGCAAACGUAGAGGUCCAACAUCAACCGGAAGAUCGGGCACAAUUGGACGCCGACGUUUUGGAAUUACCUGUAGCUCAAGGCGAUGACAACGAAGAGGAGGAAGAGUUCAUCGAUGUUAUUGAUGAGAAAUGGAAAAAGCGGAAUCUGACAUGCUGA